CGUUCCACUACUUGGUUCGUGAAUAGCCCGCGGGUCACACGAAAUGGAACCACCACACCAAGAAGCAGAGGCACACAAGGGGAGUUUCCCGCCACCCAACGCCACCGGCCCCGGUUACAGCUGCGGCGAUGCCCCUACCAUGGCACCACCGCCAACUUGGUCGGAAAUCUCUCCGCCACCCACUUACCGUCCCAUUCGCGCUCCAGCCAUCAACCUCCCUCACAACAACGCCCAACAAGCCAUAAUCCUAGCCCCAGUCCCACAGUCCCAGAAGGUUCCCACCGUCUCACCUCCUUACCACUUCCAAACCCCUGUCAAGAAGAUCCACACACCAGACGACAUCCGCCAUUUCCACGACUCAGGUUCCGGGAAGAACUUCCUUGGCUUCGUAGUGGCCCUCAGUGAGUCCAUCCGCGGCCACAAGAUCUCCGAUCCCUGCCACCAGUCCCAAACCCUAAACUCCAUCGUUUCCAUCCUCGAAACCCUUCUCCGCUGGGUCGACGAAAUCCCUCCGGUCGAUCAAUCCUCUCGCUACGGUAACCUCUCCUUUAGGACUUGGCAGAGCCGCUUGGCGGACAACGCUGAUUCCUUGAUGCUCCAAUUUCUCCCGGAAGAUCUCCGCUCCGCCACCAUCGAGAUCGUCCCUUACUUUACUGAUAGUUUCGGCAAUUCUAGCCGCAUUGAUUACGGAACUGGCCAUGAGACCAACUUUGCAGCCUGGCUCUAUUGCCUCGCUAGAAUAGGGCUUCUCAAGGAAGAGGAUUAUCCGGCUAUUGUGUCUCGGAUCUUCGUCAAGUAUCUCGAGUUGAUGAGGAAGUUGCAGAAUGUUUACUGCCUCGAACCGGCUGGGUCACACGGGGUUUGGGGUCUGGAUGAUUACCAUUUCUUGCCGUUUAUAUUUGGUUCCUCGCAGUUGAUUGAUCACAAGUAUAUGAAACCCAAGUCCAUCCAUAACCAGGACAUACUUGAUAACUUCUCCAAUGAAUACUUAUAUCUCUCAUGCAUUGCGUUUGUGAAGGAGGUCAAGAAAGGCCCCUUCUCUGAGCACUCGCCAUUACUCGACGACAUCAGUGGUGUGCCCACGUGGAACAAGGUUAACAGCGGGUUGCUCAAGAUGUAUAAGGCCGAGGUGCUGGAGAAAGUUCCUAUCAUGCAGCAUUUCUUAUUUGGAUGUCAAAAGUUUGAUCUUCAAUUUAAUUGCAAAACCUGA